AUGGUUGACACAUUUAUGAUCCGCGGUUCACAGAGUCUGAUGCAGUGGAUGUUGGAUCUCCGUAUAUACGGAUUGAAGAUCCAUUACAACACCACGACAGAGGGCCACGUGGGCUGGCAGAACCACGACGAGCUAUUAUAUAAAGACUUGCAGUUUACCAUGAGCGAGUUUCGAGGCAUGGUGGAUCGGACGACCCGCGAGGCAUGGCGGAUCUUGAUGGAGGAUUUGCUGCAAUGUUCACCCGAGGAUGCGCCAGCAAUUCCAUGGGAUUGGCUAUAUGACAAUCCACAUAUUCAGCGUCAUCCCGCACUCCGUCGCAAAUUCAUGCACGCGGACGAACAGACGUUUUUGGAGAAGCUUAUUGCUUGUACGCAGUUCACAUGGGGCCAACCCGCUCGUGCUCCCGAGCUGUUGAGUAUCUGUCAUGAGAAUAGCCAGGCCGGUGGGAUCCGCAACGUAUUUAUCGAGGAUGGGCUCGUGGUGCUGGUGACCAAGUACCACAAGGGUUACCAGAUGAGUGGCGAUAUCAAAAUCAUCCAAUGA